CGCUUCCGCGGCGGAUCAGCGGCGCUCCUCGCACCUCCCGCCGGCGAGCCAUGGCCUCCCCGUCCCCUCCCGCCGCCCGCCGCCGCAGACACACCAUCUACCACGGCCAUCGUCGCGCCUCGCCGCACCGCCCCACCGUCCGCGGCGGCCUCUUCACCGACCUCCGCUCCCCGUCCCCGAGGCCCCGCGCCCCCGGCUCCCCCUCCACCACCGCCACCGCCUUCCGCCUCCCCGACUGGGACCCGGACUCGCCCUCUUCGUCUUCAUCCGCUCCCUCCCCGCCGUCGCCUUCCGCCUCCGCCUCCGCGCGCCGCCUCUCCCCGCUCGCGCGCUUCCUCCUCGACGCGCUCCGGCGCCACCUGCGCUGGGGCCCGCCCGUCGUCGCCGACCUCACCAAGCUCCGCCGCGUGCCGCCAUCGCUCGUCACCGAGGUCCUCACCGCGCGCCCGCCCCCGCCGCCGCCGCUGGCCCUCCCGUUCUUCCUCUGGGCCGGCCGCCAGAAGGGCUUCCGCCACUGCUUCCCGGCAUUCCACGCCCUCGCCUCGCUGCUCUCCGCGGCGGGCCUCCCCGGGGCAGCCGACCAGCUCCCGGACCUCAUGUGCGCCCACGGCAGACCCGUCUCCCACCCGCAGCUCACGCUCCUCGUGCGGCUCCACACCGCUGCGCGCCGCCCGCUCCGCGCUCUCCACGCCCUCCGCCGCUUCCGCCACGAGUUCGACGUCAAGCCCGAGGUCCACGCGUGCAACCGCGUCCUUGGUGCGUUGGCUGCCGCGGGGCAUGUCGAGGACGCGCUCAAGCUGUUCGAUGAAAUGUCUGAGACAGAAACGAAGCCUAUGCCAGUGACGUUCGCGAUCAUGGUGCGCGCGCUGGCGCGUGCUGGGAUGACGGAGAGGCUUCUGUGGAUGAUUGGGAGGAUGCGGAGCGAGGUGUGCCGACCUGACAUCUUUGUGUACACCGCACUGGUGAAGGCAAUGGUGCGGAGGGGGUAUAUGGAUGGUUGCAUCAAGGUGUGGAAGGAAAUGGAGAAGGAUGGGGUGGAGCCAGAUGCGAUGGCAUACGCAACGAUGGUUGGGGGGCUGUGCAAGGCUGGGAUGGUGGAGGAGGCAGCGGAAUUGUUCAAGGAGAUGAGGAGCAAGUGUUUACUUGUGGACAGGAUGGUGUACGGGUCGCUUAUUGAUGGGUAUGUUUCCACUGGGAGGGUUGGGGAUGGGUGUAGGGUGUUGAAGGAGAUGAUUGAUGCUGGCUAUCGGGCUGAUCUGGAGAUCUAUAACUCGCUUAUUAGUGGUCUGUGUGGCAUAGGUAGGGAGGAUAAGGCUCAUAAGAUGUUUCAGAUUGUUCUUCAGGAGGAGCUCAUGCCAAGUUCUGAUACGGUUUCACCAUUGCUAGCUUGUUACGCUGAAAAGGGUGAACUGGUUAUGUUUUUUGCAUUGGUCAACAAACUGGCAGAGCUGGAGUUGCCUGUUGUUGAAUUUUUAGUGGAUUUUAUGAAGCUCUUUGCACGCAAGGAUGGUAGGGAAUUAAAGGCUGUGGAAGUGUUUGAUGCCUUGAGACAAAAACAGUAUUGCAGUGCGGGCAUUUAUAACAUUGUUAUCGAAAAUCUGCUGAAGAUCAAGGAAAGGAAGAAAGCACUUCUGUUGUUUGAAGAAAUGCAAAGUUCUGCUCACUUCAAGCCAGAUUCAUUUACAUAUAGUCAUAUGAUCCCAUGUUUUGUGGAUGAAGGAAAUGUCGAAGAGGCCUGCUCAUGCUACAACUACAUGAUGAAGGAUAAUUGGACACCAAGUAUGCCAGCCUAUUGUGCUCUUGUGAAAGGGCUUUGCAAGAUUGGGGAAAUCAAUGCAGCUAUUUCUCUUGUUAAAGAUUGUCUUGGAAAUGUAGAAAAUGGGCCAACUGAAUUCAAAUACACCUUGACUAUUCUGGAAGCUUGCAGGUCAAAAAGCCCAGAGAAAGUCAUCAAUGUUGUGGAAGAGAUUAUUGAAGUAGGCUGUUCAAUGGAAGAAAUUAUCUAUUCUGCUAUUAUAUAUGGCUUCUGCAAGUAUGCAAGUUCAACUGAGGCGAGGCACGUAUUCACUAUUAUGAGAGAUAGAAAUAUCCUGUCAGAAGCUAAUUUUAUCGUCUAUGAGGACAUGCUGAACGAGCACUUGAAGAAGGUCACUGCAGACUUGGUGAUAUCUGGAUUGAAGCUUUUCAACCUUGAAUCAAAACUGAAAUGGAGAAGCACGAUGAAUUGAAGAAAUAUUUAUGCAGUUACUCGGUGUUUGGAAAAUCCAUACCUGGACAAGGUUGUGGGAUGGGCAAAGUUUCAAAUGCAGCAUGCUGUUUACUAGAUACUGGGGAUAUGGAUGGGCCUGAUCACGUCACCUCAUUAUUGCUAACCUGCAACACCCUUUCUCAGCACGUGGCAUCCAAAAGUGAAAAUAUAUGUACAAUAUCUUUAUGAUGAUGUAUGUCUAUCUACAUCCAAAAGGGAGACUUCAGUCUUGUAUGCAGUAUUAAGGGAUCUUUUCUCCCUUAGUAGCAAGAUCAUCCUGGUACAGUGGUACUUAAUAAAAACAAAGAGAAAUUAUCCCCCCUUGCAUUUAUUUUAGAGGUUCCCCCUUCCCUCUCAUUGUUGUGGUGUUACUUUUUGAUUUUUUUACCUUUUGAUAUAAGGUGGAAAAGACAAACUAAUAAAUUGUAUAAACCAAUUUUAUAUGUGUUUGUAGCCUCUUCAAACAAAUCAGAUUCCGUUGGAUCAAGUAUGUGCCUCGUCAUUAUUUGGAUCUUCAUUUUGUCACCGAUUUACUCUUUUUUUGUCUCUCUUAAAAAGAAAGAAAACCACUUAUGUUCUGAUCAUCUUGCUUACAAUAUUUAGUGUAUUCUUUCUUCUUGUCAUCACCUUUUUGUAGGUUAGUUUUCAACCUUGGAGAUAGCUAAUUAUUCUUUCAUACAAUUGCUAAUGCUAGAAUUACUUUUGAAAAAUGUAGGAGCGCAUGUAGAAAAAUGUCCGAAUUCAUGAACUACUUUAGGGACUACAGUGAUUAAAAUUUUAGAAUGCAGAGAAGUAGUUGAGCAAUUUUAAUACUUUUUUUCCUGUAAUAGUGUCUCAAUAGUUUAACCAUGUCUGGCAAUGUACCGUUUAUUACUGUUCCACGUUGGUAUCUGUACUCACAGAGCCUUAGGCAUUAAUAACAUAAUGUCAUACAUUUAACAACGAAGGGAGUAGGUAGCAGGCACAGAAAACUGCUUCCUUGAUCCUGGUCCCUAUUCUGCCUUGUACUGAGAGGUGAACUAUGGCUCAUUCUCAACAUC